AUGCGUUUCAAUAACAACCUCCUCUUGAUCGCCUCCUUCUUCGGCGCCGCAACCCCUUUCCGUCGAACUUGCAGGCCCGCUACUGCUAAUGAUGGCAAGGGCUUUUAUACUAUGACAGACAUCGACACUUGGGAUAAUAUCGCGGCCGACUUUUGCGUCAGUCUAGUAGACUUGCAAAAGAUGAACCCUGACGGCCCUGGGAAUGUAGGAGACAUUUUCACAGUUCCUUGCAAAGAUCGAGAACGCGAUUGCGCUAGGAUACCGGACAGCACCUAUGGUUACUAUACGAUCGUCGAUGGCGACAACUGGGCAUCUAUCGCGAGUGAUUUUUGCGCCAAUGUCGAUGAUUUGAGGUCUUUAAACCCUCAGACUAUUGUGAACGAAACAGCUACCGCUGGCGUGGUCGUCCAAGUUCUUUGCGAUUGGAACUAG